AUGGCCGCCAACUUGCGUCACCCUUACUCUGUUCAUUAUCUAUCUAUCUCAAUCUGUUCAUUAUGUAAGUCUGUUUAUUAUCUAUCUACCUAUGUAAGUUUGUUCAUUAUCUAUCUAUCUAUCUAUCUAUCUAUCUAUCUAUCUAUCUAUCUAUCUAUCUCUUUUCAUUAUCUAAGUCUGUUUAUUAUCUAUCUACCUAUUAUGUAUGUAUGUAUGUAUGUAUGUAUGUAUGUAUCUAUCUAUCUAUCUAUCUAUCUAUCUAUCUAUCUAUCUAAGUCUUCUGUUCAUUACUAUCUAUCUAUCUAUCUAUCUAUCUAUCUAUCUAUCUAUCUAUCUGAGUCUGUUCAUUAUCUAUCUAUCUAUCUAUCUAUCUAUCUAUCUAUCUAUCUAUCUAUCUAUCUGAGUCUGUUCAUUAUCUAUCUAUCUAUCUAUCUAUCUAUCUAUCUAUCUAUCUAUCUAUCUAUCUAUCCUGUUCAUCUAUCUAUCUAUCUAUCUAUCUAUCUAUCUAUCUAUCUAUCAGAAAAGAACCGUACUUACAUUUUACUGUUAUCCUCAACUAGAAGUUUCAUGUGGGCGCAGAGCGAAGUGAGUUCGCCAUUAAUUACAUUAACUUUAUUGAUUUAUUCUUUGAAUGACUAUUUUGCUAUAUUAAUAAUCUGCAUUAUUUCUAUCUAUCUAUCUAUCUAUCUAUCUAUCUAUCUAUCUAUCUAUCUAUCUAUCUAA